UCAAAUAUUUAUUUUUAAGCUCAAGCUUUGCUUGAGAUAUACUACUCAAGCACAAUUAAGUUUGUUUACUAAUUUUUGUACUCAAAUUCAAGCUUAGGGUUAGUAAUAUAUAUUAAGGGCAAUAAUAUAAUGUAAUAAUAUAUAAUAAGUUCAUGAGUCAUUCAAGUCAAGCAUUACUAAGUUCGAAUUCUACUCAACUGAUUUGGUAAUUAUCGAGUUGAGCUCAAGUAGUUUGCGAGUACCAGUGUCUUAAAUGCACUAGUCUAGGAAAGUGCAGAACUAGGGUUUUUUUAUUAAAAUAAUAAAAAAAAUUAUGAAAAUGGUAUUGCACUCAAAUUUUUAUAAAAAUGUGGUGUUUUUUACCAUAAAUAUGGGUGUUAUCGUACUGUCAAAUGACACCACACUAGAUUUUCUCUCCUUGCUACCAUUUAAAAAGGGCGAAAAAAAAAAGUUGUAAUAGAAAAAAAGUGUCGCCUGAUACGUUAGCGACACUAGUAGUUUUUUUAAAAAAAAUAAGUCUAAUAAAAAAAUAGUUGAGAAAAAGAAAAAGAAUGUUUAGUGAGUGUUACAAUACUGCCAGCCAGGACGAUCAGUUUAUAUAAAUAGAAAAAGAAAAGAAAUUAAAAAAAAAGUCUUAAGAAAAAAAAGUUGGGGGUGUGUCGGUGGUACCUGACACCCUAUUGUUCGAUGUGACCAAUCGAUCACGUGCUCGCCCCAUCUUUUUUUAAUUCCUUUUUUCCUUUUUUUUAUUUUUUUUCUUGUAAGUCACAUGACACCGUCAGACAACACAAAAAAAUAUUAUUUUUAUCUUGUAUUCCAUUUUUAGUGUAUUUAAGAUAAUUAAUUUGUAUUUGAUAAUUUUAGUAAUUUUUUUAUUAUUUUAUAUAAAAAACCUUUAGAACUAUAAAAUGAAAGCCCAAUCCCCCAAUUUGAAGUUAAAUCGAGCCCACACGGACCAGUAAAUCCCCCAAAACCCUAACCCUAUAGCUGCAAUUUGUAAAUCUCCUUCUUUAAAAACCCUAAACCCAAAAGGAAAAGGAAAGGAAAUGAAGAAGAGCGACCAUGUCUGAGCCUAAUCUCGACCUUUCUCGCUCGGAAAAGAAAAAGCGUAAGAGAAAAAACCAAACCCAGUUCUGAAACGAAAGAACCCGACCAAGAUUUCAUGGUUAAACCCCAAACCAAAUUGGAUAACCCAAACGACGAUACUCCUAAAGUGUGUUCGAUGCCUGCCGAUGAGGAUUCUAUGGUUGCAAGCAUUGCUGCUUCUGCUGACCCGCUUGCACUCUUUAACGAUAGUACUCCUAAAGAGUGGUUGAGAAAUGUUGUGUUGCCUGAUGGUUGGGAUUCUAUGUUGGAAAAGAAGAUUGUAGUGGUGGAAAUGGAAAGGAAGAAAUCGGAUGAAGCUAGUGGUGAUGAGAAAAAUGAAGUUGAAGUUCUAGUGAAAAAGAAAAAGAAAAAGAAAAAGAAGAAGAAGAAUAAAGAGGAUGGUGAUGUGGAAGCCGAAGUGAAGACUGAGAAGGAAAAUGAAGAUGGGGUUGAAGCCGGUUCAAUAGAUACUGAGAGGAAAAAGAAGAAGAGCAAAGAGAGUGAUCAGGCUGUUGCUGCUGCUGUUGAUGGUGCUAAUGACAUAGGGGCUGAUGAAAUUGAAACAAAGAAAAAUAAGAAGAAGAAGAGCAAUGAGAAUGUAGAUGCCAUUGAGGCUAUUGCUGUUGCUGUUGUUGAUAGUGCAAUUGAUGUAGGGAGUGAUGAAUUUGAAAAGAAGAAAAAGAAGAAGAAGAAGAAGAGCAAUGAAAAUGAGGAUGCUAUUGAGGCUAUUGCUGUUGUUGAUGGUGCAAUUGAUGUAGGGAGUGAUGAAAUUGAAAAGAAGAAAAAGAAGAAGAGCAAUGAAAAUGAGAAUGCUAUUGAGGCUAUUGCUGUUGUUGAUGGUGCAAUUGAUGUAGGGAGUGAUGAAAAUGAAAAUAAGAAAAAGAAGAAGAGCAAUGAAAAUGAGGAUGCUAUUGAGGCUAUUGCUGUUGCUGUUGUGGAUGGUGCAAUUGAUGUAGGGAGUAAUGAAAUUGAAAAGAAUAAAAAGAAAAAGAAGAAGAGCAAUGAAAAUGAGGAUGCUAUUGAGGAUAUUGCUGUUGCUGUUGUUGAUAAUGCAAUUGAUGCAGGGAGUGAUGAAAUUGAAAAGAAGAAAAAGAAGAAGAAGAAGAAGAAGAACAAAGAGAAUGAGGAGGCUAUUGAGGCUAUUGCUGUUGUUGAUGGUGCAAUUGAUGUAGGGAGUGAUGAAAUUGAAAAUAAGAAAAAGAAGAAGAAGAAGAAGAAGAGCAAUGAAAAUGAGGAUGCUAUUGAGGCUAUUGCUGUUGUUGAUGGUGCAAUUGAUGUGGGGAGUGAUGAAAUUGAAAAGAAGAAAAAGAGCAACGAAAAUGAGGAUGCUAUUGAGUCUAUUGCUGUUGUUGAUGGUGCAAUUGAUGUAGGGAGUGAUGAAAUUGAAAAGAAGAAAAAGAAGAAGAAGAAGAGCAAUGAAAAUGAGGAUGCUAUUGAGGCUAUUGCUGUUGUUGAUGGUGCAAUUGAUGUAGGGAGUGGUGAAAUUGAAAAGAAGAAAAAGAAGAAGAAGAAGAAGAACAAAGAGAAUGAGGAGGCUAUUGCUGUUGUUGAUGGUGCAAUUGAUGCAGGGAGUGAUGAAAUUGAAAAUAAGAAAAAGAAGAAGAAGAAGAAGAAGAGCAAUGAAAAUGAGGAUGCUAUUGAGGCUAUUGCUGUUGUUGAUGGUGCAAUUGAUGUAGGGAGUGAUGAAAUUGAAAAGAAGAAAAAGAGCAACGAAAAUGAGGAUGCUAUUGAGUCUAUUGCUGUUGUUGAUGGUGCAAUUGAUGUAGGGAAUGAUGAAAUUGAAAAGAAGAAAAAGAAGAAGAAGAAGAGCAAUGAAAAUGAGGAUACUAUUGAGGCUAUUGCUGUUGUUGAUGGUGCAAUUGAUGUAGGGAGUGAUGAAAUUGAAAAGCAGAAAAAGAAGAAGAAGAAGAAGAACAAAGAGAAUGAGGAGGCUAUUGAGGCUAUUGCUGUUGCUGUUGUUGAUAGUGCAAUUGAUGCAGGGAGUGAUGAAAUUGAAAAGAAGAAGAAGAAGAAGAAGAAGAACAAAGAGAAUGAGGAGGCUAUUGAGGCUAUUGCUGUUGUUGACGGUGCAAUUGAUGCAGGGGCUGAGGAUGAAACCGAAAAGAAGAAAAAGAAGAAAAGAAAAAGAAAAGAUGCAGCAGAGGAGUAGAUGAGCAGGUUUCAGAACUUUACUUUUAAUUACAAAAUCUUUUUUUUUUUUUUUGCUUGUAUUUUUGGCAACUAUUGUUACUUUGUGGUAAUUUUAGUGGUUUACUUUUGUGUAUUCUCCAUUGUUGUUGGUGAUAAUGGUAGUUUAUGAAUGAAAUUGUGAAGAAAAUUUUGAAGAA